AAUCAUAUGUUUAUUGUGUAACAUGUUUCUCGAUAUUUCUAUAACUAGAUGACGAAUGUCUUCAAUUUUAUUAUUAAUAAAAGAUAAGUAAUUAAUUAUAUAACUAAAAGAAUUCUUCCGUAUUUAUAAAAACAUGUGAAUAAGAACUAUACCACAUUAUAUUCGAUUCAUAAUGAUCCAAUUCAAAUAUCAAUUUGAUCCGAUAUGGUCUGAUACAUACCAAAUCAUUGCAUAUCCCUACUUCUAUCCGAUUUACAAAUAAGUCGAACAACGACUUUGUCAUCACGAGUCAAAACUUUUGCAGCUUGCUUUUCCAAUUAUCAGAAACGAACGAAAUUAUCCAUAUCAAAAUCCAAGGCAACAAAUCAUCCGUAAUGAGAGCAGUUCAAGUGAGCGAAUUUGUGGUUAAUAACCAUGCAUAACUUGUCACAUCAUCGUUUAAGGAAUGCCUCUAAUCUUUCUUAUAAGUAAGGCUGGCUAUUUGGUCCCGAACUGUUUGGUUUUACCCGAAACCGGACCGUAUAACCAGGACCGGGACCGGACUGGGAUCGGAUAGCAAACAAUGCAAUCUCAUAUUCGGGCUUAGAUUUGAGGUAAAAAAAACCCGGAUAAAGACCGGAUAAGAGACCCCCAACACCUAAAAUCAAGAUAAAAUUGGGACCGGACCGGGUCAAGACCGGACUGUAUCCAAUCCAAUCUUUGGUCCUUAUAUUCCCGAAAAGACCGGACUGGAACCGGAUCAAUUUGGUCCAAUUUAUCCGGACCGGACCGUAUAGCCACCCCACUUAUAAGUAUUAACGGAUAAUAUAUCUUUUAUUUUGCACGGAUAAACCACAUUAAUUGUGCAAUUUAAAAUGAUAUCCAGUUUGACAUAUUUUGGAACAACAAAAUUUGAGACAUUUAGUACUAGACUACUAGUCUAUACCAUGGUGGUAAUUUUUUAUAGGGUUAAUACCCUAGUUUGGCCCGAAGUUUGGCGUAUAUGUCAGUUUUGGCCCAAUUUUUUAAAUAAGACAGUUGUGGCCUACUUUCCAAAGUAUUGGACAAAUUUGGCAUGGGUUUUAAAUUGGCCGUCAAAAUUGACGGUCAAUGAUUUUUCCGUUAGUGACUCAGUAUUUGGUGCUGACUAGGAUCUUAAACGUCAUCAUUUAUUAAAUUAAAAAAAUAAAAACUAAUUAAAUAUAUAAAUAUUUUUUCCCCAUGACUUUUUCCACUCUCCUCUUGGACAAACCUCCAAUCGCCAAAACCCACUCCCUCGCCGUGAUAGAUGGUGCCCUCGACGUCAUUGAGAAAGGAAGUAAUUCACCCCUGUCAAACAGAGGGGAAAUCAACAAAAUCGCUCCUCCAAUUUCAAUCCCGACCAGCGCCAGAGGUGGAUGAGUUUUGUAACGAACCAUCGAAAGAAGACGACGCGAGCAGAAGGAGGGAGGUGUUUGGGUCUCGACGGUAACGAUUAUCGUUGUCGCGGUCCCUUCUCCUCGAUCGAUGGCCUACCGGCGCCUUCACCACCAACCUCCUCCCUCUCUCUAAUCGACAAUCGAGCCCACAAAAAGCUCGACAUCGCCGCCAUCAACUCAGAUCUGGUGCGGAGGAAGCAGAUAUCGGGGAAUGAGAGAGGAUCGUUGGAGAGAGAGUUGAAGGGCGGUGGGUUUAUAGCAGCGACGGUGUGAGGGAGAAGACGAACAGCCACCAGUUCGUUCGGCUGAGGGAGAAGACGAACAAAACCUGAAUCGGGUCCGAAUCCAUCGAUCUUAACGACGACGGAGUGGAAUCUGAGGGGACGGCGACCGCGGUGGAGGAACAAGGAAAAAGAAGAAAAGAGCCCUGCCCGCGGUCGAGGACGAAGAAGAGGAAAAGGAACCAGUCCCAGUCAAAAGCCCUGCCCUGCGCCGCCGCAGAUCUUCUUCCAUAGCCGCUCGUUCCACCCCGACGGCGUCUUACCCUUGAACGCGCCGGCGUGGAAGUACACCAACACCGGCAGCUUCCUCUUCUCUUUGUCUCGUCUGGGGAUGUAGAGGCGGGUCUCGGCGGAAGAAGGGGUUGAAUCAGUGGGAAUGAAGCGGAGGGAGGAAGAGAUAAGGGUAGGACCGUAGGAGGUUGGGGGGUUUUGGGGUUUUUUUUUCUUAUUUAUUGAAUUAGAAAAUUAAGAAAUAUUUUAUUUAAUGACAUGGCACCAUGUAUAAGCCACGUCAGUAGUUCUUUGAUGAGUCACUAAUGGAAUAAGUGUUUGACCGUUAAUAUUAACGGUCAACACAAGUUUCGGGCCAAAUUUGUCCAAUAAUUUCAAAAGUAGGCCAUAAAUGUCUUAUUUGAAAAAUGGGGCCAAAACUGUCACUCACGCUAAACUUCAGGCCAAACUAGGGUAUUAACCCUUUUUUAUAUUACCACACUGUAUUGAAGUGUACUAUGAUGGUAUGAACAUAUCAUAGUGUAUAUAUGAUGGUUGUAUAUAUAAUAUAAUAGUAUGAAUAUGCAAACUGUCAUUUAUCACAUCAUCAUUGCUUACCACCACUUACCACCCCUAUACCAAGGUGGUAUGAGGUGAUACAUUUUGAUCCUGUAUUUUCCCCCCAAAAGAUUGUAAAUCCAACAGAUCACGAUGAACUCAUUCUCAUUGUGCACAAAUUUUCAAAAUUCGAGUUAAAAACGAAUGUGGUACCAAGAUGCAUGGCAACGAGUAGUGUGAAUGGGUAUAAAAAAAGUUUGAAAUAUAUUUAUAAUGAAUCUCUUUAUGUAAAUACAAGUUAGGACGAAAAAGAUACGGUAUUGAACUAUGGUCAAGUCCGGUCAGAUCCGGAAAUUCCGGCCAGUUAGACCAGAAAUCGGAAUUCAAUGUUACACAUAUUAUAUAAAAAAUUAGGGCUAAUACCACUGGGAAAGCCAAACUAUUAACUUUGUGUCAUUUGUGUCCUAAAGUAUUCGAUAUGACAUUUGUGUCCCAAAAAAAUAAACAUCCUCCAUAAAAUUUGAACCAAGUAACCUAUGUUCAUUUUAGUUUCACUAAUACACCACUAGGCUACAAGAAACUUUGUUGUCAUUAUCAACCUUAUAUAUUAUAUAUAUAUAUAAUACUAAAUUUUACACAAAUCAUUAUAAAUAUUAAUAAAAUUCAUUUUAUAUAAUUUUAUUUUUAAGCAUCUAAUUAUUUAGUAUUAAUUACCAAUUCUUAGCUAUAAAUUAUUUUUAUGUGAAAUAAUUCUUCUAAUUGAUUUUUCAUGACUAAUUAUUUGGAAUUGAGAAUUUCCAUUUUUCUCGUGUAUUUUAUUAAAACCGGCGCAACCGAUAUGAAUACUAAUUAUACCAUGGUCGGACCAUUCCACUUGCAAAACCGGCAUACCAACGAUUAACCGGUUUGACAACCUAGCAUGAUCCUAUACAUCCGUAACAGGGCCCCUUCCGAUUCCGAUACCGAAAUAAUUAUACGAAAUAAUUAUAUGCACCUACGUACAUCGAACUUUUCUAAAAAUAAAUAUAAACCCGCGUUGAAUUGAUAAUAGAGUAGUCCGAAACCG